AUGGAUCGCAGUGCUCUUCGAGCAGGCGGCCAAGCUACCAGCCAUGCCUCUGGCGAAGCUACUGCUGGUCUACCUUGUCGUCCAGAGGGGGCGCCACAGCAACCAUACAUUCAUGCUGUUCUCGGAUAUGGUCAGAGUGGUCAGCGAGGCCGAAGAGGCCGGGGUCGCGGUAGCUACCGAGCUCGAGGUCAACGCGGCACCUCUAUUCGCGGACUGGGCGGCCACAGCACUUACCAAAACCAAUCUGCCUCCUACCAGUUGUCUCAAUCCGAACAACGCUUCCGGGCUCAGCAAAACCUGCGUGACCGCGGUGGUCGUCCCAACCAAUACCAGGAGACAUUGGGUCAAAGUUCUUUCACGGGAGGACAGUAUGGCAGCAGAAGGUCUCAUACUGGCACUAGCGAGAUCUACACAUCGGACGGUUGUCGUCAUCUGGGCCCCUUAGGUGAGCUUCCGACUGCAAUUGUUCCCGACGAAGGCCCAAUUAACAGCGAUGUCAGCAAUCUCUGGGAUAGACCCACCAAUGACAUUACAAUCGCGGCUGCCCAGCAGGAGGAGCCUCAACAGGCAGAGACGCAGCACGCGAGGCUUCAGGUUCCUCGUGCGGCUUCGGUACCAGCUUCACCCAUUGCCCGGCCCUCCCCCGCCGUGACAUCGAUCUCGCUCCCUACGAUCACGAGCCCUGCAUCGGCACCCAUCGAGGUCCAGGUUCUCCGUCUCACUGAAGUCAUCGCGGAGGCUGUCCAGUCUGAGGAGCGUGGAUUCCGUUCUGAUUCACUGGAGAUAGAACAUACACGACACCUCCCCACGCCUCCCAUCAGCCCGGGGCCUUGGGAAGCGCUUCCUCAUUUUGACCAUGGACACCAAGCUCAACCCCGACAUCCGCCUGGUAUGGUAUUUGCCGGAUUCCCGCCUCCACUCAUCCAUGGCCAUGACCACUAUCAUCUCCACCAGCGUGAUUACUCUCCUUCCCGUUCCCUUUCUCAGUCUGAACCUCAUGCUAAGCCUCCUAGAAGCACAUUCCAUCCGCAGAAUCCCUACCAGUUCGCUGUGCCGAUGCCGUUCCCCCCUCCCCAUCCUCCACCGCCGCCUUACAUGACAAUCCAUGAUCCAGCGUUCCAUGCUGUGCAGGAUCCGCUCCCAAUCCCACCACCAGGAUGGCGGCCGAUCCCAUACUUGAGGUAUUGGGGUCCGGACAUGGUGGCUACCCGACCAUUCUACGAUGUUCCUAUGGUAAGUCCCACACCCACUCGGCUUACGGAAGGAGGGUGA